GGCUCACAGACGCGUGGUCUAAAGCUCCGCCCACAAGCGUGCGUCCAGACGUACAUUACGUGCGCGCGUCUGUAUUUCCGCGCGGCGCCAUUUCGGAGCGGAUCUGAUCCGGGACUCGAACACACACGGUCAGAAAAAGGCGACAUUCACGAUUGAGACCAUGCAUCGAGACUGCCCUCUGGACUGUAAGGUGUACGUUGGGAAUCUGGGAAAUAAUGGAAAUAAAUCCGAACUGGAGAGGGCGUUCGGCUACUACGGACCCCUGCGGAGCGUCUGGGUGGCCAGGAACCCUCCUGGUUUUGCGUUCGUUGAGUUUGAAGACCCUCGCGAUGCUACAGACGCCGUCAGAGAGCUGGACGGACGGACCCUCUGCGGUUGCCGAGUGAGGGUGGAGCUGUCCAAUGGCGAGAAGCGCUCUCGUAACAGGGGUCCGCCUCCGUCCUGGAGCCGACGCCCAGGACGCGAUGACUACCGCAGACGCAGCCCGGCCCCCAGGCGCAGAUCGCCCAGGAGGAGGAGCCUCAGUCGUAGUCGCAGCAGAUCUCUUUCCAGAGAGCGCCGGAGGGAAAGAUCGCUGUCUCGCGACAGGAACCACAGGCUCUCGCGAUCUUUCUCCCGAUCAAGGAGUCGUUCCAGAUCUAAUGAACGGAAGUGAACUUCAGUGCUGAGAAGACCUUCGUGACGGAAACCUCGGCACAGAUCAUGUUGGAAAAACUUGGAAAAGACCGG